GAUCUGUUGAACAGUGAAUACCACUAUGAUUCUACGAAUCAAUUUCUGCAAAUAGCUAAUUUCAAAGGAUGCAAGAGUUUAAAUUGUAAAUAACGAAUAUAUGAACUCAAAUUAAGUUUUUAUCCUAGCUGAAUUUAUUGUUCUUUGCCUAUACCCCUAUCUUAACAUGUGCAUGUUUUUGCUUUGAUUGAAACCUCAAUGGCUGCUUCGCUCUAUGACGUCUGAUGAUUGGCCUUUGCCCUGUACUAAGUGCUUACCUAAUAUCGUAGUUUUUGGACAAAUAAUAAUUUUUUUUUUAAAUAGAUACCUUUUGGUACGGCAUUUAAUUGGUACUCAUGGGAACAGUUGUUGAAGCAGCAAACCAGGGUGCAAAUGGAAAUGCCGUAGAGAAAAAGCCUACAGUUGUUUUUGUGUUAGGUGGCCCUGGCAGUGGAAAGGGUACCCAAUGUGCAAAAAUUGUCGAACACUUUGGGUACACUCACCUAAGUGCUGGUGAUCUUCUGCGAGCAGAAAUUAAAUCUGGUUCUGAGAAUGGUACAAUGAUUCAGAAUAUGAUUCAAGAAGGGAAAAUUGUUCCUUCAGAGGUAACAAUUAAGCUUCUGCAACGAGCAAUGCAGGAAAAUGGCAAUGACAAAUUUCUUAUUGAUGGUUUUCCUCGUAAUGAGGAAAACCGUGCAGCAUUUGAAAAUGUGACUGGAAUAGAGCCAACAUUUGUCUUGUUUUUUGACUGUCCUGAGGAAGAGAUGGAGAAGCGCCUUCUUUCUAGAAACGAGGGAAGAGUGGAUGACAACAUUGAAACUAUAAGGAAGCGGUUUAGGGUUUUCUUGGAGUCUAGUCUCCCAGUGGUAAAUUAUUAUGACGCAAAGGGAAAAGUUCACAGGAUUGAUGCUGCAAGGCCUAUUGAAGAGGUAUUUGAAACAGUCAAGGUCAUUUUCACUCCAAAAAAUGAGAAGGCUGAUUGAGAGUAUACAAACCCCGGAUUUUGUUUGCUUGAAAAUUAGAGGUAUUCUUAUUUCAAUAUAUUGCCAUUUAUACACCCAUAUCUUUUCCUGUCAAGCUCUUUUAGCUGCACAUGGUCACAACCUGCGUUCGUAUAGUUUAAAGCACUGAAGGCUUCUGUAAGACUAAAUCUCAAGCUUGGCUGCUACCGAACUAUAUAUACAAUGGUUGUUUCUAUGGGACCUUCUCUUUUGCAGAACAUAGAUUUUAUUAAUCCUUGUGUGCAUUUAUACAGAUGUAUUGACAGUAUACACUGGUAUUUGGAGUCUUUCUGGAUAUCAUUAUUUUUAAUUAUCUUGGACUUUAGAGACUGAGUAUAGAAAUAAAUCGUGUGCUCCUAUGCUCUUAGGGGUGUUUGGUUUAUA